AUGAAGACUGCUUUAAUUUUGCUCAGCAUUUUGGGAAUGGCCUGUGCUUUCUCAAUGAAAAAUUUGCAUCGAAGAGUCAAAAUAGAGGAUUCUGAAGAAAAUGGGGUCUUUAAGUACAGGCCACGAUAUUAUCUUUACAAGCAUGCCUACUUUUAUCCUCAUUUAAAACGAUUUCCAGUUCAGGGCAGUAGUGACUCAUCCGAAGAAAAUGGAGAUGAUAGUUCAGAAGAGGAGGAGGAAGAAGAGGAGACUUCAAAUGAAGGAGAAAACAAUGAAGAAUCGAAUGAAGAUGAAGACUCUGAGGCUGAGAACACCACACUUUCUGCUACAACACUGGGCUAUGGAGAGGACACCACGCCUGGCACAGGGUAUACACGGUUAGCUGCAAUCCACCUUCCUAAGAAGGCUGGGGAUAUAACAAACAAAGCUACAAAAGAGAAGGAAAGUGAUGAAGAAGAGGAGGAGGAAGAGGAAGAAAAUGAAAACGAAGAAAGCGAAGCAGAAGUGGAUGAAAACGAACAAGGCAUAAACGGCACCAGUACCAACAGCACAGAGGCAGAAAACGGCAACGGCAGCAGCGGAGGAGACAAUGGAGAAGAAGGGGAAGAAGAAAGUGUCACUGGAGCCAAUGCAGAAGGCACCACAGAGACCGGAGGGCAGGGCAAGGGCAGCUCGAAAACAACAACCUCUCCAAAUGGUGGGUUUGAACCUACAACCCCACCACAAGUCUAUAGAACCACUUCCCCACCUUUUGGGAAAACCACCACCGUUGAAUACGAGGGGGAGUACGAAUACACGGGCGCCAAUGAAUACGACAAUGGAUAUGAAAUCUAUGAAAGUGAGAACGGGGAACCUCGUGGGGACAAUUACCGAGCCUAUGAAGAUGAGUACAGCUACUUUAAAGGACAAGGCUACGACGGCUAUGAUGGUCAGAAUUACUACCACCACCAGUGAAGCUCCAGCCUGGGAUGAAUUCAUCCAUUCUGGCUUUGCAUCCGGCUACCAUUUUCGAAGUUCAACUCAGGAAGGUGCAAUAUAACAAAUGUGCAUAUUAUAAUGAGGAAUGGUACUACCGUUCCAAAUUUUCUGUAAUUGCUUCUGCAAAGUAAUAGGCUUCUUGUCCCUUUUUUUUUCUGGCGUGUUAUGGAAUGAUCAUUGUAAAUCAGGGCCAUUUAUCAAGCAGUACACCAACUCAUAAGAUCAAAUUUCAUUGAAUGGUUUGAGGUUGUAGCUCUAUAAAUAGUAGUUUUUAACAUGCCUGUACUAUUGCUAACUGCAAAAACAUACUCUUUGUACAAGAAGCGCUUCUAAGAAUUUCAUUGACAUUAAUGACACUGUAUACAAUAAAUGUGUAGUUUCUUAAUCGCACUACCUAUGCAACACUGUAUAUUAGGUUUAUCAUCCUCAUGUAUUUUUAUGUGACCUGUAUGUAUAUUCUAAUCUACGAGUUUUAUCACAAAUAAAAAUGCAAUCCUUCAAA